AUGGCGUCCGAAAACGAUGCAGGCGGUGGUCGUUUGAGCUGUAGCACGACAGACCGCAGAGGACCGCCAGCGGGCCUCGCCGUACGAGCCCUGGAUUGGCCACUCAGCAAAGACGAGAAGCGGCUUUGUGCCAUGAAGCUCUUCCAGCAGGAGGUUGAGGCAUCCGCAGAUCAGCUGGAUGAGCAGUCCGAGCAGAUCGACGAGCUGCACGCGGAGAUCAAGGUCUUGAGACGGCUCUCCACCUGUUCAACGGCCGCGGGCUCCGUGUCGCCGGCUUCGGGUGAGGCACCUGAUCACUGCAGUGAGGCCGAGCUGCGAGUGCCGGGCCCUUGCGAGGAAACAUUGCUCUCGGCAGUGCAAGCGUAUGAUGGCGCGAGCCAGAGAAACCACGCGCAACCAAAUCGGUCGCCGGAGCAAAUUGCCAAGUUCUACGGCGGCUGCGAAGAUCACGCAGCAGACUUUUGGGGCUGCGUGGCUGACAAGGACAACCUCACUCCGUUGGAGGCGGUUAUGUGGCUUGCAAGGUCUUUACCUGCUCCGAUGCUGGAGGGACGGUCAAGGCGCUGGCGAGCGACGCUCCUCCAAAGUGGCCACGGCCGUUCAGGCUUUGAGGAGCUUCGGGCACGGGCGUGGGCAGCAGCCGAGGCGCAGACUCUUCGACUGGAGGCGGAACGCGAGCUGCGGCGAGCUUUUCGAGGUGAAGAAUUUAUGGAAAGUCCGGGCGUUCCGGAAGCAAUUGUCGAGAUUGCUCAAACUAUUUCGGCUCCGAAAGGCGAUCAUCUUCCUGGAGCCACGCACAUCGCUGCCUUGCUCAUGUACGGCCUCCUUCCCGGCGUCACGUUGGAGGAGGCUCAGGCAGAUGCGUUCUGGUGUUUUUUCCAGCUGCAGACGAAGAAAGCCACCUCGUCGACAGAUCGCAGAGCCAAACGCCUGCAGGAGUUGCUCCGCACCUUCGAUGAACCGCUUUGUGAGGUCCUGACGCGGCAGGGCCUCAUCUUUGUGGCUGCACGCUUGGGCGAGGCGCUGUUCACAUCGGGCGGCUUCGCGGCAGAGAAUUGUGCGCAGCUGUGGGAUGCCAUGCUCAACGAUGCAGAGCGCUUCGAAUUUGGUGAUUGGCUGCUCUGCGCACUGAUACUGCUGAAGCGCUUCCAGCUUUUGCGCAUCUCUGAUGAUGCCGCGCAGCUGGCGGAGGCCUUGCAGAAUUUGCCCCGCGUCGUGCCGGUGGAGCGCACGCUUCGCCUUGCCGCGGCGCUGCGCGCUGCAGCGCGACGGCGGCAACGUAGAGAGACGAAGGCGAGCCGAGCAGGAGGAAGCGUUCACUCACCUCUGGAGGAGGAUGCUCCUGGGCCCUUGCAGAUCCUCGGCUCCUUUUUCGGCCGCGCCAAGGAGAAGGGGGUUGAGGCAUUCGAGGUGACUCGGAGCGUGGCCCGCUGCGCAUGGCGGCCCGAGCGAUGCUGCCGUGCCACUGUAGAGCCUCUCGAAAAAUGCCACGAGGAGGAGAUGCAGCCUCUACGUCGGCGCAACACGACAGACAGCUCAAAGACAGACUAG